UUAUAAACUGCGCUGAACGCCCAGCCCCCUCCCCCGACCCCCACCCUCCCGGGACAAAAUGGACUGGAAUGAAAGUGCAAUAAAAGGAGAAUAAGAGGCAGAAGGAGCCGCUUCCCGCAGCCACGGCCGGGUGUUCCCUGAAGCCUGCCUCCACCCUGAGGAGAAGAAGUGUGACAGAAAAUAAUGGCCAUGGACACAACCUCCUCCUUGAAGAUGACCACUCUGGCCAUGCAGAGCUUCUUCAGCUACGUAGAGGAGGAGAACUUGCCAGCCAUCAGGGCGCACCUGGACAAGUUCAAGGAGGUGGACAGCAGAAGUGACACGGGAUUGACGGCUCUGAUGCUGGCGGCAGAACAGGGCAGCGUGGAGAUCGUGCAGGAGCUCGUCCGGAGGGGGGCCAACGUCAACCUGGAUGAUGUUGAUGGCUGGACGGCGCUGAUCUCCGCUGCCAAGGAGGGGCACGUGGAGGUGGUACGAGAGCUCUUGGCCAACAACGCCAACCUGGAGCACAGGGACAUGGGCGGCUGGAGCGCUCUCAUGUGGGCUGCUUACAAGGGGCGCGUCGAGGUGGCCCGUCUGCUACUGGAGAAAGGAGCGAACCCCAACAUCACUGGACAGCAGUACAGCGUGUACCCCAUCAUCUGGGCGGCUGGCCGGGGACAUGCUGACAUCGUCCAUCUUCUGCUCCAGCAUGGGGGCAAAGUCAACUGUUCUGACAAGUAUGGCACAACGCCGCUCAUCUGGGCUGCCAGAAAGGGCCACAUCGACUGCGUGAUGCACCUGCUGGAGAAUGGGGCCGAUGUGGACCAAGAGGGAGCGAACUCCAUGACGGCGCUCAUCGUGGCUGUGAGAGGUGGCUACACUGAGGUGGUGAAGGAGCUGCUGAAGAGGAACCCCAACGUGAACAUGAAGGACAAGGACGGUAACACAGCCCUGAUGAUUGCUGCCAAAGAGGGCCACACGGAGAUCGUACAGGACCUGCUAGACGCUGGUGCCUACGUCAACAUCCCUGACCGGAGUGGCGACACCGUGCUCAUCGGAGCAGUUCGGGGGGGUCACAUAGAGAUUGUGAGGGCUCUCCUGCACAAGUAUGCCGACAUCGACGUCCAGGGACAGGACAAUAAGACAGCCCUGUACUGGGCGGUGGAGAAAGGAAAUGCCACCAUGGUGAGGGACAUCCUGCAGUGCAACCCGGACACAGAGACCUGCACCAAGGACCUGGAGACCCCGCUGAUUAAGGCCACGAAGAUGAGGAACUUGGAGAUUGUCGAGCUCCUCCUGGAUAAGGGGGCCAAGGUGUCGGCUGUGGACAAGAAAGGAGACACAGCUCUUCACAUUGCCAUCAGGGGCCGCAGCCGCAAGCUGGCCGAGCUCCUGCUGAGGAACCCCAAGGAUGGUCGUCUGCUGUACCGACCCAACAAGGCGGGAGAGACGCCUUACAACAUCGACUGUACCCACCAGAAAAGCAUCCUCACGCAGAUCUUUGGAGCCAAGCACCUGUCCCCCACCGAGUCGGACGGCGACAUGCUGGGCUACGACCUGUACAGCAGCGCGUUGGCUGACAUCCUCAGUGAGCCCACCAUGCAGCCCCCCAUCUGUGUAGGACUGUACGCCCAGUGGGGCAGCGGCAAGUCCUUCCUGCUCAAGAAGCUGGAGGACGAGAUGAAGACGUUUGCCGGCCAGCAGGUGGAGUCGCUCUUCCAGUUCUCCUGGCUGGUGGUCUUCCUCACACUGCUGCUCUGCGGCUCCCUGGCCCUGGUGCUGGGCUUCACCGUGGACCCCCGGCUGGCCGUGGCCGUGUCUCUCAGCCUGCUCGCUCUGCUCUACCUCUUCUUCGUGGUCAUUUACUUUGGAGGCCGUAGGGACAGUGACAGCUGGACCUGGGCCUGGGCACUGAGCACCCGCCUGGCCCGCCACGUGGGCUACCUGGAGCUGCUACUCAAACUGAUGUUCGUCAACGCCCCCGAGCUGCCUGAGCAGACCACCCGCGCUCUACCUGUCAGGUUCCUGUUCACCGACUACAACCGUCUGUCCAGCGUGGGCGGCGAGACCUCCAUGGCCGAGAUGAUCGCUACGCUGUCCGACGCCUGCGAGCACGAGUUCGGCUUCAUGGCCACGCGGCUCUUCCGCGUCUUCAAGACGGAGGAGACCCAAGGGAUGAAGUGGAAGAAGACGUGCUGCGUCCCAUCCUUUGUCAUCUACGCCUUCGUAUUGGGCUGCCUCAUCGCAGGGCUCACGCUCCUGGCCAUCUUCAAGGUGGACGGGCAGAACCUGACGGUGAACGCGGUGUUGAUCGCCAUGGCCAGCGCUGUGGGCCUGGCGCUGGUGCUCAACUGCCGCACCUGGUGGCAGGUGCUCGACUCUGUGCUCAACUCCCAGAGGAAGCGGCUCCACAGCGCCGCCAACAGGAUGCAUGAGCUCAAGAGCGAGGGCUUCAUGAAGGUGCUGAAAUGUGAGGUUGAGCUGAUGGCCAGGAUGGCAAAGACCAUCGAUGGCUUCACGCAGAACCAGACGCGACUGGCCGUCAUCAUUGACGGGUUGGACUCGUGCGAACAAGACAAAGUCCUGCAGAUGUUGGACACCGUGCGGGUCCUGUUCUCCAAGGGCCCCUUCAUCGCCAUCUUUGCUAGCGACCCGCACAUCAUCAUCAAGGCCAUCAACCAGAACCUGAACAGCGUGCUGCGCGACUCCAACAUCAACGGGCACGACUACAUGCGCAACAUUGUCCACCUGCCCGUCUUCCUCAACAGCCGGGGCCUCAGCAGCACCCGCAAGCUGUGCAUGGCGGCGCCAGCCAAUGGCGAGGUGUCCAGCCCCGACGGUUGGCAUGAGGAGGUGGACAGGAAAAUCUCCCAGACCAGCCUCAGGGAACAGACCCGCGUGGGCAGUGGGAUGGCGUUGAACCGGAGGGACACGUACCGCAGGAGGCAGAUGCACCGAACCCUCACGCGCCAGAUGUCCUUCGACCUGACCAAGUUGCUGCUCACCGAGGACUGGUUCAGCGACAUCAGCCCCCAGUCCAUGCGGAGGCUGGUCAACAUCGUGUCCGUCACUGGUCGGCUGCUGAGGGCCAACCAGAUCACCUUCAGCUGGGACCGCCUGGCCUCCUGGAUCAAUCUGACGGAGGAGUGGCCCUACAGGACCUCCUGGCUCAUUCUGUUCCUGGAGGAGACUGACGGAGUCUCCGACCAGAUGACGCUCAAGAGCAUCUAUGAGAGGAUUUCCGUGAACAUCCCCACCACCAAAGAUGUGGAGCCCCUGCUGGAGAUCGACGGCGACGUCCGCAGUUUCGAGGUCUUCCUGUCCUCCCGGACCCCCGUUCUGACCGCGCACGAUGUCGAGACCUUCCUGCCCUGCACGGUCAACCUGGACCCCAAACUGCGGGAGAUCAUUGCCGAUGUACGGGCCGCCAGGGAGCAGAUGCACAUGGGAGGUGUGACGUAUCCCACGCUGCCCUUGCAGGACCCUCCGUCUCGCGCCCCAUCACUCUUCAGCCAGCACUCCCCGGCCUGCUCGCCCGCUUCCCAGUGUCCCGGACCUUUUCCGCCCACCGGGGUGCCACCCCCCCAGCCCCACAGCAGCUACUACAGUGGGCUAACGGGACCCCAGCACCCCUUCUACAACAGGCCAUAUUUUCCCCACCAUGUGUAUCACCUGCCAAGGCAGUUUGCUGGCAGUUCCCAUCAUGCCUUCCCACGCCCAUCCAUUAAACCUGGGUUUCCCAGGGAUCCCAGCAAUGGACUUGACGUUAUUGAGGAGGAUGCCAGGGAGGGCCUCUCGUCCCCUGCUGCGCCCUCCGUGGGCUUUGCCGUGGCUGCAUCCACCAACUCUGCCGUCCUGCUCAGCUCCCUGGACACGGAAGGUGUGUGUGAGCAGCUCAAGCAGAUUGACGGCGUGGACCCGAGCUUGCUGGCCCGGUACUCCGCUACCAUCAAGAAGGCCAAUGCGAACGGCAGAGUGCUCUCCCAGUGCAACCUCGAUGAGCUCAAGAAGGAGAUGAACAUGAAUUUUGGCGACUGGCACCUCUUUAAGUCAAUGGUGAUGGAGCUACGCAGUUUGGAGAACCAGAUGCUGUGUGAAACCCAGCAAGGGGCUAGAGAGCAGAGCAGCCAGGCAGCGGGGGCUGAUGCCUUUGCUGAGCCUGAGCCCCCCCUCAGGUACAAGCUGGACUUGAGCUUCGAGGAGCUGAACAACGUGGGCCUGGAUGAGACACAGAGACAAAGCAACCCAAAUUGGACGGCCACUGCACACAGGACCCCCAGCAUGUCCAGCCUCAACUCCCAGGAGUCAGCCAACGACAUCUGCAAACUGACAGACAAGCAGCAGGCCGAGUACCGCGACGCCUACAGGGAGUACAUCGCGCAGAUGGCCCAGCUGGAGGGGUCGGCCGGUGGCGGCGGUGGCGGCGGUGUGGGGGGGGACAAAACCGGGCCGUUGGUCUCAGAGGACAAAGGCAAGGAGGCGGGGCAGGAGGACGGUAAGCCCGCUACCAGGAGAGGCGGAAAGGUCGACGAUGCAGCGGACCUCGGCUUCGCAGCCGACGCCCCACCGCUUGAUCCCAUCACAGAGGAAGAGAGGCGGUCCAAUCGGAGUGGCUCCAGGCCCCCGCUGGGCCACAGGCUGUCUGCUGAGAGGGGGGGCCUCUUCCCUCCAGCAGAGCUCAAGCUGAAGGGGACUGGCCUGCGGUACCAGAAGCUGAACAGCGAUGAGGAUGAGUCGAGCACGGAGGAUUUGGACAGCACCCCGCUCCUCCGUGGCGAGAAGAAGCCCCGCCCCAAGGGGGCUGAGAGCGUCUGCUUGUCCGACACCACGCUGGACAAGAAGGAGUCGUCCGACUCGGGGGUGCGGUCCAGCGACAGCUCGGCCGAACACUCCCUCCGAGACGAGGAGGUGGGCCUGCCCCAGUCCGAAGGGGGUGAUCUGAUCGAGCUGGAGCAGGAGAGCCCAGUGAGAAUGAGGGCCGCACCCCGCAACCCGAGCGGCCCGCAGGAGCCCCCCGCGGCCCGCAUGUCAAUCUGCUCCGAGGCUCCUUCCGAGGGCAGCGUCACCGCCGGCAGCCCGGGUGACGGAUGGCCUUCCAACAGGGCUUACGGUCUGAACCGCGCACCCAGCGACACAACACUGAAUAACAACAACGCUAACACCCAGAUGACCAACCGUCGCCUGCUCGCACACAGCCCCGCAAGCGCCCCCAUCGCCCCUCGCACGAUCAUCAUCACCCCUGGCUCCAGCACCGACCCCACCACGCGGAACAAGAACCUGCGCGCCGUCCUACUGAAGAAGGGCCUGAGCCCAGGCGACGGCCCGGAGGUGCUAACCUCCUCCACCGACACAACAGCGUUUGGCGAGGAGCGAGAGAGCAUCCUGUGAGGGCAGUGCAGUCUGAGAGCAGCCGCUGCCGCACAGCCAGAGCUGGGAGUUGUCUGCAGCGCAACGCAACAGAUAAAAUCAUAAAAAGCUGCACGUACCAUGUUAUGCUCGAGAGCGAAAACUUCAGAUUACGUAACUCCAAUAAAACCGUCUAGAAAGUGAAUAACACAGGAAACAAUCAGCUGUCAUUUGUUGUGCAGUUAAAUAAGGUACCAGUAGGAUGAUUACGUCUAGUUUAUAUAAGACAGUGUUAGAAUACACAAGGAAAAUGUUUCCGCGGGUUAUGUAAGAAAAAACCGAACAACGAUUACUCUCUUUAGGUUAUGAGAUUCUGUGGUGUGUCUCCUGAGCUUGUGAAAUAGUGAGCUGCUCAGUGGCCUGUUUCAUUUGAAAGGCCUUUUUGUAACCAGAGUGGAGAGAGUGUCUUUUGCAUGCUUCCUGACGUGUGUGUCUGUAACUGUCGAGUUUUCAACGUCACGCAGCUCACCUACGCUGGUGGACCUCACUCUGGACGUCCGAAAGGCAAAUGCCGAGACCCCUCGCCAUGCACCAAUAGCAAAGCAUCUAAUCCUCUUUAGGCCUUCAUCCGCUCACACUGUACAAGUAGAAGCCAUAUGUCCUUUUUUAAAUCUCUUGAUAUUAGCAAGAAAUCGGAAUAUGUUCACGACUUCAGUGUUUUUAAGUAAUGCAUGUUGCAUGAGCUCUGCAGUAACUCCGCCGUAGUUGCUCCACCACACUGUGCCGUGCUGCCACAAUUCCUACGGUCUGUUAAAUAAAGUUUUCGCUU